AUGGGACGAGCUCCGUGUUGCGACAAGGCCAAUGUCAAGAAGGGACCAUGGUCACCUGAAGAGGAUGCAAGACUCAAGGCCUAUAUUGAAGAGCAUGGUACUGGUGGCAACUGGAUUGCCCUUCCUCAGAAAAUUGGGCUUAAAAGAUGUGGAAAAAAGUUGCAGGCUGAGAUGGCUGAAUUACUUGAGGCCCAACAUCAAGCAUGGUGGAUUCUCAGAAGAAGAAGACAACAUCAUCUGCAGCCUCUAUAUAGUAUUGGAAGCAGGUGGUCUAUAAUUGCUGCCCAAUUACCUGGAAGGACAGACAAUGAUAUAAAGAACUACUGGAACACCCGAUUGAAGAAAAAGUUACUCGGAAGGCGCAAACAGUCUAACAUCAAUCGAUCGCCGUCUGGUCAAAGUGAGGAUCACCUCAAGGACGCUGAAGAUGCACAUGCCUUAAGCAGCUCAGCCCUUGAAAGACUCCAACUCCAUAUGCAACUUCAAAGCCUUCAAAACCCUUUCUCUUUCUACAACACUCCUGCACUGUGGCCCAAGUUGCAUCCUUUGCAAGAAAAGAUGAUCCAGACCCUCCGAUCCAUGAAUGAUCAAAACUGUAACAACCAUCUGAUGCACCAUCAUGCUCUCUCAAGCCCUCAUCAAACUGUUGAAGGGCAUAAGAGUAAUAGUGAUGUCUAUGAACAACUGCAACCCACUUCUGCUUCUAUCAGAACUCAGGAAGAAUAUGCAAAACUAUGCAACCCCAAGAAUAUGGAUGAGUUGGAGAAUGCUUUGAACGGCAUGUCAUCUUCGGAUGCCGCAUAUCAUGCUUACAUCUCCACAAGCAAUCAAGUGGACUCGACUAUUGUGGUGACGAAAGCUGCCGAUGGUAUGGAGCAUUCUAACGAUGCAGGAACUCAUGAUCAUCAGCAGGUUAAUUCGAGCUUCCAAACUGAAUUUGGAGACAUUCUUAGUAACAAAUCUGUUGCUUACACACCACAACAGGAAGAUGAUCAAAUAACUGAUUUUGAUUGUUUUACGGAAAUGAAUGGCUCCAAGGACAGCUUGGUGUGGUGGGCUAAUGAGUUUGAUGCCAAAUCUGCAUCCUCAAACUCCUGGGAUUCUACUUCUGUUCUCCAGUCUCAAGGGAUGUUUCAAGAUUAUGAAUUGCGUUACAACCUGUAG